CUGCAUGAGCACGCCGCCUAUCUCGUUGACAGUCUAUGGGAUCUUAGCCCCAUGCUGCGUGAUUGGGAGGCUAUGAUUGAUUUAUUAAUAGAAGAGCCUGGUCGUGGCGAGGAGCCAUUAGAUGCUCAUCAGGAGACGAGUCUGAUUGAGAUAAUGGUCUGUUGUGUCAGACAAGCUGCUACUGGCGAUUCUCCGGUUGGUAGACAAGUGAGUAUCUGCUAA